AUGGCAAAUCCUUUUGAGACAUCCGUAGAUGAUUCUUAUAACCCAUUUGCUAUGGGUUCAAAUUAUCAGGAUCCAGCCCCUCAGCAGCAACAAGCUCCACCACCAACUACAAAUACCUCAUAUACAGAUUCUCAGCCAAGCCAAGCUCCAGCCUCAUCCGCCUCCAACCAGCAAGGUGGAUACAAAGAUCAAGUUAUGGGUAUAAAACUAACGGAUGAAGAACUAGCGGCAAGAGAAGAAGCCUUAAGAAAGAGGGAAGAAAGAAUUGCUGCUAGAGAGCGCGAAAUUGAAGAAGCCAGAGCAAAUGGAACCCUUGGACAACUCAAUCCACAUCCAAGAAACUUCCCAAUUCUUCUCAAAUUUUACAAAUAUUAUCCAGAAGACGACUUAGAAGAAGAAUUCAGACCAGUCAUGUCAAGAUUAUUCUGGCUUUCAUAUGGCAGUGCCAUUGUUCUUUGCAUCAACGCCCUCUUGUCACUCUUCUAUUUGACAAAGGGUCCAGCUGACAAGAUCGACUCACCAGCCACAUCAAUUGUUUUCGCAUGGUUCUUCCUUAUUAUUCUCUAUCCAAUUUCCCUCGAAAGCGUCGUUAUGCCAUUCUACAACGCUCUAAAGGAAUUCAAAGGUAUGAAGUUCGUCGGUUAUCUCAUCAUGUCCGCCUUAUACUUCUUUUUCUAUGUCUACAUUGCUGUUGGUCUUGGUGCAUACGGAUCAUUCGGAUGGAUCAUUGCAAUCAACGGCGUUACAGCAGCUGAAGGCAAGUGGGUUGGCAUUAUUGCCAUCAUCUUCUCUAUUAUUGCUACACUCUUCGUCGUUGCUUGGGGUUGGGUUUGGUGGCAAUCUCUCAUCCUCUUCAGAAAGACAGACUUCAAGAAUAGAGCUGUCAAAGAAGCUGCAGGAUAUGCUGUUAACUACGCAAACAAUCAUAAGGAAGAAAUCGCUAAGGCUGCUGCCGAGAAUCCAGAUGCUGUUGUUGGUGCUGCUACAUAUGCAAGUUCAAUGAAUUAA